CCCUGCUGCUGCGGUAGGCAAUCAAAAUUCCAAAUCUCCAAAGUUUCAUUUCAUUGCACACUAACUUGACUUCAGUGUGUUCUUUUCACUCACAGUUGAAGUCAACGCUAUGUUGAGUUAGUUCUCUUUUUUCUCUAAACACCAUUUCAAUGAAUCUUGUUGUUGUUACCAUACUUUUCCCUGUUCUCUAUUAUUUCCUUAAAACUGUUCACUCAGUUUUCUAUCUCCCAUACAAACUCCAACGACACUUCCGCAACCAAGGUAUAUCCGGUCCUAACUACCGUCCGAUCUUCGGGAACUCAUCUGAGAUCAAACGCCUCUACGCUCAAACUAAAUCAGAUUCAAAUCAGUUUGAUCACAACUUCUUAAAACGUGUGGUUCCAUUCUACCACAGGUGGUCUUGCAUGUAUGGGAAAACUUUCCUGUAUUGGUUCGGGUCAACUCCCCGGUUGGCGAUAUCCGACCCGGAUAUGGUCAAGGAAGUGUUGGUUACUAAGUGUGGAGAGUAUGGUAAGGUUCCUUAUAAUCCACAGUCUAAGAUGCUUUUUGGACAAGGACUUGUUGGUUUGGAGGGUCAUCAAUGGAAUUUUCAUAGAAGGAUAAUCAACUUGGCUUUCAACAUGGAGAUUCUUAAGGGAUGGGUUCCUGAUAUCGUGGAAAGUGUGACAAAGAUGCUUGAAAAUUGGGAAAAUCUAAGAGCAGGAAGAGAUGAAUUUGAAAUUGAUGUGCACAGAGAACUUCAUGAUCUUUCUGCAGAUGUUAUAUCAAGGACUGCUUUUGGCAGCAGUUUUGAAGAGGGAAAGCAUAUUUUCAAAUUACAGGAGCAGCAGAUGCAUCUUUUCUCACAGGCAGUUAGAAGUGUCUAUAUUCCUGGAUUUAAAUAUUUGCCAACAAAGAAGAACCGGGAUAGAUGGAGACUAGAUAAAGAGACGCGUGAAUCAAUUUGCAAGCUGAUUGAGAGCAAGAACAAUGCAAGAGAAAAUUCCAAAAGUGUUCUAAAUUCGUUAAUGUGUUCCUACAAGAAUGAAGUUGGUGGAGAAGACAAAUUAGGAUUGGAGGAAAUUAUAGAUGAAUGUAAAACCAUAUACUUUGCUGGAAAGGAUACAACAGCUAACUUAUUGACUUGGGCGCUUCUUCUUUUAGCAAAACAUCAAGAAUGGCAAGGUAAGGCGCGUGAAGAAGUUCUUCGUGUCAUUGGACACACUAAACCUCCAAUUGCAGACAAUUUAAAUGACCUGAAGAUUGUUGGCAUGAUCAUUAGUGAAACACUUCGACUCUAUCCUCCAGCUCUAAUGUUAAUGAGGCAAGCCAAUGAAAAUGUGAUGCUAGGGAGCAUGGAAGUUCCUGCAAAGACUCAACUCUACUUGGCAUUGGCUGCUAUUCAUCAUGACACAGAAAUCUGGGGAGAAGAUUGUCACGAGUUUAAUCCAAUGAGAUUUAGUGAACCUCGGAAGCAUUUAGCAGCAUUCUUUCCAUUUGGAUUAGGGUCUAGAACUUGUGUUGGGCAAAAUUUGGCAUUAGUUGAGGCAAAGAUAACUCUUGCUUUGAUUAUUCAAAGUUAUAGUUUUGUGGUAUCUCCAAGCUAUAUACAUGCUCCUAUACUAUUUAUAACUUUGCAGCCUCAACAUGGUGCACAAAUCAUCUUUAGAAGGAUUUCAGGGAUGUAGCCAAAAGUCUUGCAACACUCCAGAGUCCAGACCAGUUGGCUGAUAUUCUCACUAAACCAUUGUCAAGUUAAAGAAGGACUUAUGAAUGGAGGCCUUAACUAGUGUUACUUGAUUUCUUUAGAUAGAAGUCAAAGUAAGUAAGGGAGAGAUUGUUGUAUAAUCUUAUUAAGCUUUGUUAGUUAGAUGUUACGUUUUGUUUGUUCAAAGUUGAGUUAGUUACAACAUUACUUGCUCUACAAGUAAUGAUCACAACUAUAUGUUUGCUAGUGUAAAUAAUAGCCUACCCAUCGAAUAUGAAUGAGAAUUGUCAUUUUCAUCCAAUAGUGAUGUCAUGCUUUCAACAUGCUCUAGUGUCCAUUAAUUAUAACUGAAUCUGCAUUCUCUUGAGUUGUGCUCACUACACAUCAUGUCUUAAAGCAUAAAUCUGUUAUGCCAGCAUUCUCUUGAGUUGUGCUCACUGCACAUCAUUUCUUAAAGUAUAGAGCAUUACUUUUAGCACUCUUAGUGGUGCUCACCGAUGACUUUUUUUAAUAAGGGUACUAAUAAGAUGGUAGUAAUACUAGGCGAAUUUGAAGUAAAACUAGGCGAUCUACGUGGAUUAAUUCUCUAGCAACAAGUUACAAUUGCCUAUCCUUAGUUAAUUACUAAGUUGUACAAUUGCUCUGAU